AUGUUCCGUGUUUUUGGCCGACGCCUCAUCUCUCGCACACUGCCGCUGUUGCAGGAUGCACACCACGAUCUGCCAGAAGGUUUUGAGUUUUUCGAGAACAAGGUUGUGGAUAAGGACAUUCAUGCUUCCUACGAAAACCUUGAGACUCUCAGAUUCACCCUUACUCGUCAGGAUGAAUUUAUCAUGCGGGAAAACCCUGUGAAGUGUGUUACGGUGACUGGCGUGAAUGGUGAGUAUGGCAUUUACCCUGGGCACGCCUACAAAAUUGUUCAGCUUGUGCCUGCCCCACUGACGGUAGAGUUUACUGACGGGAGAACGCAGAAGUACUUCGUGAGUGGCGGCUUUGCACACAUCAAUAAUGAAGGUUCAUGCGAUGUGAAUGUGGUGGAGUGUGUCCCUAUCGAGGACCUUGAGCUUGCUGCCGCUGAGAAGUCACUUGCAGCGCAACAAGCAUUAUUAGGCUCUGCAAAGGACGACAAGGCCCGAUCAGUUAUUGAAAUCCGUAUUUCUGUGCUUGAGCGCGUCAUUGCCGCCUUGAAGCACCACUAA